AUGAUUCCGGACUCUAUAGCAUGCCGUCUUUACGUUCUCAUCGUGCUUGUGGAGACAGCAGUAGAUCUCGGUAUCGAGAGUGACCUCCUCGUCCGAUUCCAUGAAGCUGGCAAGGCAGACGACGAGACGGUCUCGCGAAAAAUGCCCGUCUACCUUGGCAUCUUCGCACUCGCCCACGUCUUUCAACUUGGCAUGGCCAUCGAUGCGGUCUACGCCCGAAAUACACUUCAAUUCAUCUCCCUCACCAUCUUCAACGGCCUCUUCCUCGUAUACGCCAUCAUUCAAUCCUCCGAAAUACGAAAUUCCCUCGCCUCGGUCUCCGAUCAACAGGGCAUAUCACAUCUCCCCGUCGAUGUGCUCACGACCAUCCUCCCUGUCGUCAUCUCCAUCUCCGAGCUUGCUUACAUUGGACUGGGAUACAAAAUCUACACAGAGUUCGGUUGGAAGGUGUACAAGUUCCUAGGCGCGGAUCGGCGCAUCAAGCAGAUGUUUGCGCACUACCAGAUUUUCCAGUGUCUCGUCAAGUUUGAUGUGUUCUUCUGGGUGGGAUUCUGCGUCCAGUUCAUCUGGCUCGUUCUCAGCAGCAACGAUUGGGAAUUCUAUGUCACAUGUGCGGCGCUCCCUCUGUCGAUCGUGCUCCUUGUGGAGGGACAUCUUGCGGCACGUUAUGAGAAUAAGUGGAUGAUGCUGACCUUCAUGUCUGGAUGCGUGAGCGCGAUGGUGUACUUCUUUUACAAGCUCGUUAAAGUCUUGAUUUUGAAGAAUACUGCAGAUUUCGCAUCUGUUUGGCAAUCACUCACCACAUUUUCGAUCAUCGCAAUAAUGCUGCUCAUCGCGACUUUUAUUUAUGCAUGCAUCAUCAUGCGAAACUUCGGCCGUGGGCUUAAAGAGCAAAGUGUGUUCUUUCUUCAUGUUCGCGUCCAUGAAUGGUUUUAG